UAGCAGGAGGAGGAGCUGAGCUUUCCUAAGGUGGAGCUGCAUGGAUCUUGUAUUAAAUGACACUGGCAGAUUAACGCUCCGCGAUGGGGAAGGGCUUAAAGGCUGAGUCAAAAGCCAAGAAGUCUCUUUAUUUACGCCUACUACCUCCCAGCCUCUGGCAAUCUGACUAAUAACAAACUGAGCUAACAAGAAAGACUCUCCGAAGGGAGAGAGAGAGAGGGGAGCGAAACACACAGAGAGAGCGUGCAUCGCAGCAGUUUGGAUCCUUAAAGCAUCUAAAGAUACAUAUUGCGUUUCUUGCAAAGCCAGGAGUGAUCGCUUGAAGUCCUGCGGAGCGCUGGGUUUAUUUACUGCAUCCCGAAGCUCGCAAAUGGUUAACUACGUGCAGAAAGUCAGCCUAGCUGGGAAGUCUGCUGUGAAUUUUAAUUGAGCAAAAGGGACAACUGUUUACAGGAUGGUGUAGUGGGUUCUCUUUCUCCCUGGCGUCGUUCUCCCCCUCUCCACCUCCGGCAAGAUUUUUUUUUUUUUAAUUUCCCCCCUCUCUCUGUCUCUCUGCUCUCAGUCAAAUAUGAUCUGUCCUGCUUCGGAUCUAGGAUUUUAACUUCAAGGAACUGCAGCCACGCUUGAGAUCCCUGCAAAGAGAGACCUUAACCUAGGUUGGUGGGGGAUUGGAAAGGGCUCCUUUUUGGAGAUAACAAGGAACGGGAUUGUAUACGAAGAGCGACUCUGUGCAUCGCCGGCUGUGUCAGUGGGUGUAGCUGCUGUACAGAAGCUGUUGGAUGACCAUGAAGCUCUGGAUAAUUACGUUAAGUUUGAUGGGGGUUGCUUGUGAUGUACUACAGUCCAAACCAGCUUUACCAUCAACUAUUGGCUCUUGUGAUAUGCUGUGUUCCUGUGAGGAAAAGGAUGGUGUCUUUAAUAUAAACUGUGAAGAAAGAGGCAUCAAGGAGUUAUCUCAAGUACAUGUUCCACCAUCCCGGCCUUUCCACCUUAGUCUUCUCAACAACAGUUUGACCAUGUUACAUGUGAAUGACUUCUCCAGCUUCAUCAAUGCUCUCUCACUCCAUCUUGGAUUUAACUACAUUGUAGACAUUGAACCAGGAGCAUUUAAUGGACUAAGUCUCCUUAAGCAACUUCAUAUCAAUCACAACUCGUUAGAAGUACUUAAAGAAGACACAUUCCAUGGGCUGGAGAACUUGGAAUUCCUUCAAGCCGACAACAAUUUCAUCACAAUAAUUGAAUCAAGUGCCUUCAGCAAGCUCAACAGGCUAAAGGUGCUCAUUUUAAAUGACAAUGCCAUUGAGUUUCUUCCUUCCAACGUCUUUCGCUUUGUGCCAUUAACUCACUUGGAUCUUCGUGGGAACCAGCUGCAGACUCUACCUUAUGUUGGUUUUUUAGAACAUAUUGGUAGAAUUCUAGACCUUCAGUUGGAAGAUAACAAAUGGGUCUGCAAUUGCGACCUGGUGGAGUUGAAAGCUUGGUUAGAAAACAUGCCUCCUCAGUCCAUAAUAGGUGAUGUUGUAUGCCACAGCCCUCCUAUUUUGAAAGGCAGCAUUUUAAGCAGAUUAAAAAAAGAAUCCCUCUGUCCCACUCACCCUACAAAUGAUCUUGAUGCCCCAUCAGGGUCAUUACCACUGGUGGUUACCACGUCAAUAAGUGAUAGUCACUACUCAACCAAGGUAAUACCUAUUUUUAGGGUUCCUACCAGGGAAACUGCUUUAACACUUCACGUAACAAAGCCAGCUACUCUGCUUCCUGGUGUAUAUUGUCCGAUCCCUUGUCAGUGCACUAGCAAUAUCCUUUCAGGGAUUUUAAUGCAAUGCCAAGAACAAAACAUUGAAAGCCUGUCAGAUUUAGGACCUCCUCCUCCAAAUCCUAAAAAGCUAAUACUAGCUGGAAAUAUAAUUCAGACAUUACUGAAAUCAGACCUUGUAGACUAUGGCAGCCUAGACUUGCUUCACUUGGGAAGCAACCGUAUUGAAAUACUAGAAGAAGGAUCCUUCCUCAAUCUCACCAGAUUGCAGAAAUUAUAUCUCAAUGGGAAUCAUCUCACCAAGCUAAGUCGUAAUUUAUUUUUAGGCCUGCAGCGCCUUGAGUAUUUGUAUCUUGAAUAUAAUUUCAUCAAGGAAGUUUUACCAGGGACAUUUCAUCCCAUGCCUAAACUAAAGGUCCUUUAUUUAAAUAAUAACCUUCUUCAGACUUUACCAGCCCACAUUUUUUCUGGAGUUCCUCUAGCCAGGCUAAAUCUGAAAACCAACCAGUUUGCACAUUUGCCUGUAGGGAAUGUCUUAGAUGAUCUGGAUUUACUCGUACAACUUGAGCUUGAAGACAACCCUUGGGAUUGUACUUGUGACUCAGUUGGGCUGCAGCAAUGGAUACAAAAGCUGAACAGAAACACAAUGACGGGCGACAUUUUCUGCACAUCUCCAAGGCAUUUGGCUAAAAAGAAACUGAAAUCUCUGAAUAGUGACGUGCUAUGUCCCGGAAUAAACAGCCCACCUUCCGCAACUCAUGCUAGCUUCAUAGUUGUCACCACGUCACCAACCACCACCAAUACGGCAGACACUAUUCUGCGAUCACUUACCGAUGCAAUUCCUCUUUCAGUUUUAAUCCUGGGGCUUUUGAUAGUCUUUGUAACCAUCAUUUUUUGCGCAGCUGGUAUCGUCGUCCUAGUCCUACACCGGCGGAGAAGGUACAAAAAGAAGCACGCAGACGAACAGAUGCGGGACAACAGCCCAGUGCAGCUUCAGUACAGCAUGUAUGGUCACAAAACAACACAUCACACCACUGAGCGCCCGGCCACAAGCUUGUAUGAACAGCGUAUGCUCAGCCCCAUGGUGCAAGUUUAUCGAAGCCCAUCUUUCAGCCCCAAAUUUACAGACCAUCAACAGGAGCUGAAUGACAAGGAGCUGAAUGAUUCCAAACAUCUCCGCAGAGGCCUCUUGGAGAGGGAGCACUCCUCCCCUCUGACGGGGUCAAAUGUCAAAUAUAAAGCUACAGACCAAUCGGCUGAGUUCCUUUCCUUCCAGGAUGCCAGCUCCUUGUACAGGAACAUUCUUGAGAAAGAAAGAGAACUUCAGCAACUGGGGAUAACUGAGUAUCUACGGAAAAACAUAGCCCAGUUACACCCUGAUAUGGAGGUACACUAUCCAGGAGCUCACGAGGAGCUCAAGCUGAUGGAGACACUCAUGUACUCCAGGCCAAGGAAAGUUUUACUAGAACAGACUAAAAACGAAUAUUUUGAACUCAAAGCCAACCUGCAUGCUGAACCUGAUUACCUGGAGGUUUUGGAACAGCAAACAUAAAAGGGACCCUUUCUGAAGGAUUAAGUCAAAAACUCUUCUAUCUUAACUCGGAACUUGUAAAUAAAAGUGCCUUAUAAUAAUGUGUCGUCAAUCAGAACUUUAAGCACAGUAGUAAUCCGAGUGACAAGAAACUCUCAGGGAUAACUGUGUGAAGCCAUGGGGAAGUUUGCAGGCUCUGUGUCUCAUUCUCACAUUAAAUGUGAACUUUGGGCAACUGGAUUCUGGGAGGAAGUUCAGCUGGCCAUAUUCCUCGAGACCUGCAUGGCAAUCCCUCAUUUUUUUCGCUUAGAAAAGAAAGAAAAGAAAGAAAAAAGCUUGAAGCAUUGGUUACUUUUGUUCCCCGGACCUCGACACUAAAUUUUCUUUAAAAUGCACCUAUAUACCUGGUUCCAAGAGGCUAGUGUAUAUUGGUUAGGAAUUAGUUCACAUGUAUGAGUAUUGUCUAUGGAUCGCACAUGAGAUUGCCACAUAAUAAAUACAAGAUAAAUUAUAUGAUUUUAAACAGGUAUUUAACUGUACAACCCCAAGGUCCCCCAAUAUUUAAGUACCUUUUAUUUGGAAUGUUAUUUAUAUUAAAAAGAAAACCUGUUAGAAUAUUCAGAAAGAGGGGGAAAGCUGUGUACAUGUUUUAUCUAGGAAUCCUAAAAGACAUACACAAAACUCUCUUUUUUGGUUACUUUCCCUAGUAGGCAAUUUUAAUUGUUUUUUUGGACAGUCUUCAAUAUAAUGCUGCUAUAGAGUUCUGUGCACCAUUGGUUGACACUCAUACCUGAGGAAAUUUGGAAAGCUACUGAGAAUUUAUUGUAAAUAUAUUAGUAAAUCAAUGAGCUGG